AUGACUUCAAAUUAUGCCACCAUAACAACGUCUGAUGUUCAAACAUUACAAACGGAUGAAAAAUCAUUGAUUGAUUCAAUUACAUGUUCAAUUUGUUUAGAUUUGUAUGAAACACCAAAACAACUGGAAUCAUGUCCACAUAUAUUUUGUUUUCAAUGUUUAAAAGCGUAUGUCGAAUCAGCAAGAGGUGGUGCAGUCUUAUGUCCCUUGUGUAGAAUUAAAAUCGAAUUACCAAAUAAUAAUAUUCAUUUAUUGCAAAAUGCCGUUAUUCAACAAAAUCUUGCGGACUAUAUCAAAUUACAACGAAGAUCUACAAAUGAAAAUAAAGGUCAAUGUUCAUUAUGUAACGAGCAAGAUGUUUCCUUAUAUGGUCGUUGUUUUCAAUGUUGUGAGAAUUAUUGUUCAAAAUGUUAUUAUUAUCAUUCACAUUUAUGUCCAAGUCAUAUUCAUAGAACAUUUUCACAAAUUGAAUUUUUACAACCCAAACAAUUGUUACCUCAUCUAUCACAAAAUUGUUCACAUCAUCCAUCGCGUUUACUCGAAUAUUAUUGUGUACAGUGUUCAAUAUUCUUAUGUACCGAGUGUAUUACAGCCAAAAAUAAAAGAGAUAUACAUCCAAAGUAUACAAGAAUAUGUGUAAAAUAUGAUUAUGUACAACUGUUACCUAAUCUAGCCAAUGAAUAUCGUCAAAAAUUAAAACGAUCAAAAUUGAAUAAAUUAAAACCAUUAUUAAAUGAACUUGAACUAGGACGAGAAAAAGAUUUGAAGGAAAUUUUGAAUUGUGAUGAAAUACGUUUAAAAAAAUAUGAAAAAUAUUUAUCUAAACAAUUUAAUAAAGCUCAAUAUUUAAAUCAAAUGAUUGAUAUUUUAUGUAAUUAUGCACACGAUGUCUACGUUAUUAAAUAUAAGAAACAUUUAGAUGAACAAUUAAAAAAUUUUAUUAGAGAAAGACCAUCAAGACCAGCUGGAUAUAGAUUAAAUGGACUGUACUUUGAAUUAGUAGAACAACCACAAAUAUCACAUUUAUUUGAUAAUUAUGGAAGACAAUUUAAACAAAUACUUCCAUUUGAAAUUCUAUCAACAAUCAAUGAUCCUGUACCAAAAAAUGUUGAAUAUGUAUACGUUGAUUUUUUUGAAUCUCAACCUGUUAUUGGUUAUCAAUUACCUCAUGAUCAAUCUGAUUCAACUUUUAUUCGUUUAUUUGGUUCUAUUUUAACAUCAAUCAACAAAUCAAUAUUAAACACUGUUUAUCUUUAUUCGUUUGAUGAUAAAAAAUUUCAUAAACAAGAUACAACACAAAAAAUAUUUAAUUUUCCUCGAGUAUAUGAUCUUGAACUAAAACGACAUCCACAACAAGUUGGUGAUGAUUAUUCAUAUUAUCUAGAUGAUAAAAUCUGUAUACACUAUGAGAAAAAACAAGAUAUGUUAACAUUAAAAUAUUUAAGUCACGAUGCAGAUAAUACUGAUGAUAAUGAUGAAACUAAUGUGUUAACAACAUUUUUCUACUCUGACGUAGUGCCAACGGUAACAAUGAAAAAAUUUAUGCAAGUUCAAGUAUCAUCUAUUCAUGUUAGACCUCUUCGAAGUUCUCAUAGUCUUAAACAAUUCAUAUUUGUUGGUUUGACAACAUUUUCAAAACAACUUGUGUGUCAUUCAUAUGAUGAACAUUUACUAUUAGUACAAAAAUAUGAAACAAAACGUGCUGAUAGUUAUGAUUUUAAACGUAUUUUAGAUGUUGUUAUUGUUGAUAAUGAUGAUGAUGAAGAAGAAGAACAACAAAUUUAUGUUUGUUUAGAAAAAUAUGAUUAUGAUAAACAAACAACAUCUUUGUUUAUGUGGAUGUCAAAAUGUGAUUUUAUUGAAGAAAUUGAUUUUAAUCAAUUAAAAUUACAACGAAUGGAAAUUGAUCGUUUACGUAUGGAUAAAGAUUUAAAUAUGUUAAUUGCUUAUAAGAAUAUACAAGAUCGAACAAUCACUCAAUUUGCCAUGUCAAAGUAUCUACACCAAUAA